AUGAUCAGCGCCAUCUUCUUCAUGAACGCAAAGGGAGAUCUGCUGAUCUCCCGAAUCUACCGAGACGAUGUGAUGAAAGGCGUCGCGACUGCUUUUCGUUCGUAUGUUCUCAACGAGAAAAAUGUCCUUCCCGUCAAAAUCGUAGGCCCGACGGUCUUCUAUCACAUUCGCGUGAACUCCCUCUACAUCGUCGCAUUAGCCCGUAGCAACAACAACGCGGCCGUCGUCUUUGAAGUCCUUCACAAAAUUGUUGAAGUUUUCGAGGCCUAUUUUUCGAAGAUCGAUGAAGAGACUAUUAAGAGUCAGUACGUCUUAAUCUACGAGCUUUUAGAUGAAAUCUUAGACUUUGGGUAUCCACAGUUCUGUACAAAAGAUGAGUUGCAGUCGUUGAUCACAUUUGGGAAGGCAAAAGCUGUCCAACGAGGGAACAUUGCCAUUCAAGCGACUGGGCAGAUCCCAUGGAGAAGUCUUGAUAUUACUUAUAAAAAGAAUCAAUUGUUUUUGGACGUCAUAGAAAGCGUCAACUUGACGGUCUCCGCAAAGGGAACUAUUUUGGCUAACGACGUCAACGGUGUCAUUAAAAUGAAAACACAACUUUCAGGGAUGCCAGACUGCUCACUUGGGAUGAAUGACAAAGCACUGUUACUUGGAGAUACAACACAGAAAAAAGCUAUUCAAUUAGCUGAUGUCACCUUCCAUCAAUGCGUCAGACUCACUCGGUUUGAUCAAGAUCGUAGCAUCAACUUCAUCCCACCAGACGGAGAGUUUGAAUUGAUGAAAUAUAGAACUACAGAUAACAUAUCACAACAAUUCAGACUCCUCCAUAAUAUUAAGGAAAGCUCAAAGACUCAUCUGUCACUCGAUAUCAACGUCAGAGCUCUCUUCUCGGAAUUGCAAUAUGGAGAGAACGUCAGAGUCAAAAUUCCAGUGCCCAAAAACGCUGCGUUGUGUAAGACUAGAUGCACGGCUGGAAGUGCUAAAUACCAUCCAGAGCAUGCAGCUAUCUUGUGGAGAAUCUCUCGAUUCAACGGAAUGACACAACAGACUAUUACUGUCGAUGUCGACUUGGUACAAACAACUCAACAACAGAGAUGGGAUAAACCUCCAAUCUUGAUGGACUUUGUCAUCCCCGCAUUGACGGCCACUGGACUGCAAAUUAGAUAUUUGAAGAUUGCGAGUGACUAUAAGACUAUUAAGUGGGUGAGAUACAUCACAAAGGCGGGGACUAUUCAAUAUCGUCUCUAA